AUGAGUGCUGAAGCAGGAAAGCCCGUUGUGCCAGUCAUGGUACCGGCGGAUGUCGACAUUCUUCUCGGCCGUGGAAAGCCUUUCCAGAAUCAUCCUGGAAAUCAACGAAUGCUGACUUUGGUUGACAAGUACAGAGAUAGGUAUCAGGUAGCUGAACGCAAGGAGAAGCAUGAUAUUGUCGAAGAAGUUAUGGGUCUCAUAAGUGGUAGCGGGGGUCGUUUCCUCAGACGCGUGGAUUAUGAGAAUUAUUGGGUCGAGGUCGCUCAUGCUGUUGCAUACCGCAAGGUCGGUCACGCAUUCCGAAGUAAAGCUCGCAAGACUGAUAGCAGCAGCAAACCCGCCCCUGAAAUGACGAGACAAAGAGUUGAGGCUCCUGCUCUGAACAACAGUGGUAUGGCACCAUCUAAUAUGGAGGAAAUGCUUCUGGCUGACUUGAGAAUGCGAAGAGCAGCACUACACCAAGCUGACUUUCUCAAUAACAUGAACAAUGUCAAUAUGAACAAUAUGAAUAUGAACAACAUGAAUAUGAACAACAUGAAUAUGAACAACAUGAAUAUGAACAACAUGAAUAUGAACAAUAUGAACAUGAACAACAUGAACAUGAACAACAUUGCUGCUAUGGCUGCAGGCACCCCGCUUGAAAGAUUCCUAUUACCCACUCUUUACAACAACAUUGCCGCUGCAGGUUUCCUUCAACAAGGCCUUCAAGGAGGCCUCAUGAAUCCUAAUGUGUUGGCUGCCAAUGCUGCCUUGAUGGGAAAUCCUGCAUUCAAUAAUGCAGAGAAUGGAGAGGGCCAAAAGGCUUCAGCCGCUCCAUCUCAAGAAGUCUCGCCUCAACAACAAGAGACUCCUCAAGAAAAUGGUACUCCUGCUGAUAAUCUUGCCCCUGUGGCGUCUGCGGCACCUUCGGGACCACCUGUGGCACCCCCACAACCAUCAGCACUCCCAGCAGCGGUCGUGUAA